AGCACUGGGCUCAAGCAUCUCUAGAAGCAUAGAUUGUGUUUUCUUUGUUGGGCCAGUCGGAUGAACUCAGCUCCAUUUCAUGGGAAACCAUGACUGCGUUGAAGCCUUCAGAACUCUUCCCACAAGAAUGCGUGCUCUCAACAGAAACAGUCGAGGUCUACCGUGGACUCUGGUUCAGAACCUUCAGCAAGAGUUCCAGCUCCAUCACGGUGUCUAUGAAGCGAUAUCUUCACGAAGAGCCUGAGCCAGCCGAGUCGUCCGCACCUCCGAGGCUGCUACACAGAAGUAUUCUGCAAUUCUUCGAAGUUACAAAGGCUCCUCGAGUCAUCGUGUCGGAAUUCUGUAGUGGUGGAAGCUUGUUUGAGGUUUUGCAGAACGAGGCACUCCCACUACCAUGGCUCCAACGAAUCAAAAUCUUGAGAGAUGUUGCCAGUGCUGCAGAAAUCGUUCAUCAGAAGCAGUACGUCCUCAAGGAACUGACCAGCUAUCAUGUCUUCCUCAGCAAACCUCCUGGCCAAGACAACCUCGGAGCAAAGCUCGACAUCAACUACUCAGGAUUUGGAUGCUUGCAAGCUGACACUUCGCAGCUUGAACUAUGGCGCUGGAGUGCUCCAGAGGUGGGCCUAGAUUCUGCAACUCCCAGCUUUGAUGCGAGAUCCGACAUUUUCGCAUUUGGAAGCUUUCUUCUGGAGGUGCUUUCAAGAAAGAUCCCCUUCAGUGAUAUGGAGGAGAAUGAGGCCCGACAGUGCGUUGCCAAUGGACAGAGAUCUCUUAUAGACGCUGAGGAAGGCUGCCCUCCACGCCUUCUGAAGCUGAUGCACGACUGUUGGGCUGAGGCACCAGCUCGACCGACAGCAGCAGCGGUCCACGCAGUAUGUACGCAACUACUGGAGACCCUUUGAUGUCUAAAGUUUGUGGUCAUUGUGGUCGCUGCGUGAGGGGGGAACUCCGAUGUCGAGGUGCCAUUCGAUGUGACUUGCCAAGCAGCAUGCUUCCCAGAUUCGACUUCACUUGGAUACCUGGACAACUGCACAACUGGAAGCUGCGCCACUGCAUUUCUCCCAUUUGGAGAAUUUGCACAAGUAUCGAGCCAUUGCCGUGGAAAUGGAGCGCUCUCAGCCCCGCAGACCUCAACAAGUGCCGAGCGCAAACUGGAUUGUAUAGAGUCCGCAUUGCUGCAGAGUCUUAAUGGUUGGUGCCAAAGAAAGCCAUGAUGAAAUGACCCAUAUUUGUCUUGACCUUCAGAUAUGACUAUGAUAUGACUAUGUCAAAUGCCUUGGAAGAGCGC